AUGGCAGAUUCAACGAAAAAUGAGACCGCAGUGGAGGAGGAGACGAGACCGCGAGCAGCAAACGAAGCGCUUCGGAAGCUAUGGACGACUCAGACCCUCGGCAUCGCCAUCGGAUGUCUCCUACUCAUGAACUUCUUCAUGAACUUGACAGUAUACACGCAGAAUGUCUACGAGCCAUACGCGACUAGCCACUUCAAUGGCCAUUCUCUUCUGACAACCGGGUCCAUCAUUGCUGGAAUCGUUCGAAUCGUGUCUUACCCGCUCUUGGCUAAGCUGGCCAAUCAUUUUGGCCGACCGCAAGGAUUCGCUGGAGCUGCCGUAUCAAUGGCCAUUGGCAACGCCAUGUAUGCGUCGUGUCGCAACGUCGAUACCUUUCUGGCGGGAACGAUUUUUGACGCUUUUGGCGAUUCAUGGUGGAACAUCGUGCAGCAGAUCUUCGUCGCCGACAUUACCUCCCUCGUCAACCGCGGUAUUCUCUUCACCCUUCCUGAAUCCCUUUCGGCCAUUCCGACUUUAUACGGUGGAACAUACCUUGGCGAGCAUAUCCUCACUACAUCGUCUUGGAGGUGGGGUUAUGGCAUGUGGGCAAUCGUUCUGCCAGUAACAGCUAUACCCACCAUCGGAAUCAUGAUCUGGAUGAACCGUCGAGCCAAACAUGUUGGACUAGCCAACGAGAAAGUAUCUUUCAUGCAUGGGGCUUCGUCUGGGCCUGUCGGCAAGUUUAAGCAUGUCGCUACAAAGCUUGAUCUGAUCGGCGCAUUACUCCUCAUCGGCGGUUUGGCCAUGACCCUACUCCCAAUGACAAUUGCCGGACGGAACAACACCGACAGAUGGAGUAGACCCUCUAGCAUCGUGCUCAUCAUCAUUGGUGUCCUUACGUUCGUCGCCUUUCUAGUCUGGGAUGGCAAAUUCGCGUCUAACCCGAUUAUUCCUUAUCGAACCAUCCGCGAGCGCAAUGUCAUCAUCGCCUGCGCGUCAGUUAUCACCAUUGCCAUGUCGGACAGUAUUUACCGACCGUUCCUCUCAAGUUUCCUCCAAGUCGCAGGCCAUUACUCGCCCGGGGCGGCAACACGAGUGGACAAUGCCCAGCGCGUGGCAUACAACAUCGGUGCAUUGGUCUGUGGAGUUACCCUCAAGUUUGUCAAAAACACGAAACCCACCAUCAUGCUUGGAGUAGUCUUGAUCAUCCUAGCUUCUGGACUUCCCAUUUAUUUGACCAACGUUUCCGGUACUCACAUCGCCAGUGAGCCAGCUUUCAUCACCUCCAAGUCACUCCUCGGAGUCGGUCGUGGUUUCGCACAGGUAUCGCUACAAGUCUCGCUCCAAGCUGUGAUGGAAUAUGAGCAAGUCGCCAUCGCCACCGCCGUCUACCUCUCCUCCGUCGGACUCGGCUCCAACCUCGGCGUUACCAUCAGCGGUGCCAUCUGGAACUCUCUUCUCCCUCGAAAGCUCGUUGCCUUUUUCGGGGAAGAAGACGGCCGCAAGAUCUUUGGAUCAAUUGUGGUUGCGCGGGAAUAUGAAGUCGGCAGCGCCGAGAGAAAUGCCAUCGAUGAGUGCUACCGUCAGACUCAGCAAACCCUGGCCAUCGGAUCUGUGUGCGUUUCAGGUGUGCUUUUGGUGCUUGUCUAUCUUGUUCGCAACGUAAAGCUCGACGCUGAGGAUGAGAAGAGGGCGGCGCAGGCAGAUGAGGAGCUUGCUUGGGCUAUUAAGCAGAAGGAGGCUAAAGAGGAUGCACCUGUUGAAGUUGAAGAAGGAAGACGUUAG